AAUUACAAACACUUUGUUACAAUUUAGAGCCCAUUCGAAAGAAAAAGAAUGAAACUGGCAAAGGCGGACGAUGUACCAAGAAUGCUAGUUUUGUUGAUAACAAUACUGCCACUGGCUGCUCAAGGAUCGAGACUGUACAGCUGGGCUAACCGUCUCGAGGAAACAGGGAAAGAGAAGGUAACAAACCUUCAGUUCUAUUUCCAUGACACCUUGAGCGGCAAGAAUCCGACCGCCGUUAAGGUGGCUCAGGGCACCGACACGGAAAAAUCCCCGACGUUGUUCGGGGCUGUGUUCAUGGUCGACGAUGCUCUCACAGAGACCGCUGAUCCCAAAUCCAAACUCGUUGGCCGGGCGCAAGGCCUUUACGGUUCUUCAUGUAAAGAAGAGGUAGGUCUAAUAAUGGCAAUGAGCUUCUGUUUUGAGGACGGUCCGUACAAGGACAGCACCAUAAGCAUGAUCGGGAAGAACUCGGUCAUGAACCCGAUCCGAGAAAUGCCUAUUGUCGGCGGUACGGGAAUGUUCCGGAUGGCUCGUGGCUACGCUAUUGCUCACACCAAUUGGUUCGAUCCCAAGACCGGUGAUGCCAUCGUUGGCUAUAACGUUACCGUUGUUCACUAAAAAAAGAGAAAAAAAAAAAGGCUUUGUUUGCGACAUUUUAGCUAUGCCUACAUGUAAUAUUUCACAAUUGGAGAUUAAGUAUUGGCGAUCUACGAGAUA